AUGGUAGAACUGGUGUUGGAUCCAUAGUCACUGGUGUGUGACAGAUGAAUGCUGACAACUGUGUGAGUAACCUUUGUGCUUGAGUCAUUCCUGUUGCAUACUGUCACUUUUCACAUUCCGUGUCACCUCUUGUUGAUGUUGCUCUCUCCUGGCCAGAGGAAACAGACCUGACAAUCAGCUGGUAUCUUCACUUGGCCGCAGUGCUUACUGCUGAGAAAGGAGGAAAAAAACAUGGAAUAAUGGAAUAUGGAGCAAGGAGACAAUUUGGUUUGGUCUUUUUUUUUUUUUUUUUUUUUUUUUUUCUUUUUUCCCUAGGGACAAUCACUGGUUCUUAUUACUCAGGAAUGUGAGGGACACAUGCACAUGCUGCCUCAUGCAUAUGAAAGGCAGGUUCUUGUUCCGAUGACCCUGGAGGUUAGAUGUUACAAUGCAAGACAAAUAUUCCCGGCACUUACAAGAUCUGUUGGCGGUACUGCGCUAUCUGAAGAGUGAUGGAAGGCUGAAUUCUGUGAUCUUUAGCAACAUCCAGUUGGCUGAUGGGAAACCCCAUGCUGUCAUCUUGUGGCUGAGUGGCCUGCAGCAGGGAUUGAGCACUAUAGAGUUAUAUCUGGACUGCCUGCAAGUAGGUGCCAUUGAGGACUUGCCAAAACCAUUUUCAGCACUGUCUCAGAAGGUGGUGGCAGCUGAGUUACGCACUCUCCAGGAGAAGCCACAGGAUACUCUAGAUGAGCUAAAGCUGGUAACUGGAGGAACCCUUGCUGAAGUGGGAAACCUGCAGGAUUGUUUUCUUCAACAAAUUGAGCCUGUACCUCAGUACACUGGUGAUUUUAAUAGGCAGCUGAUGGGUCAAAUGAUGCAGAUGAACCAACUACUGGGAGAUGUGAAAGACCUUCUUAGACAACAGGUCAAAGAAACAACUUUUCUGAGAAAUACCAUAGCUGAGUGCCAAGCAUGUGGUUUAGGCACUGUGAGUUUUCCAACUCAGCUUCCUAGGCGCACUAAACCGAAAUGUGAAGUUAAUUCCUGCUUCAGGGGAGUGAGGUGCAUGGAGACAGCAGAGGGGUUUCAGUGUGGGCCCUGCCCUGAAGGACUCACAGGAAAUGGAAUUACAUGCUCAGAUAUUGAUGAGUGUCGUUACAACCCUUGCUUCCCUGGUGUGCGAUGCGUGAAUACUGCUCCAGGUUUCCGAUGUGAGACCUGUCCUCCAGGAUAUACAGGAGAAACUGUGCAAGGGAUAGGACUCAGCUAUGCCAAGAGCAAUAAGCAGGUCUGCUUAGAUAUCGAUGAAUGUCAGAAUGGAGGACAUGGACUCUGUGUUCCGAAUUCCCAUUGCAUAAACACUUUGGGGUCUUACCACUGUGGCCAGUGCAAACCAGGAUAUACAGGAGACCAAACCAGGGGAUGCCAGGCUGAACGGAGCUGUAAGAAUCGAGCCCUCAAUCCAUGCAGCAUCCAUGCCCGUUGUAUUGAGGAGAAGAGAGGAGAGGUGACAUGUAUUUGUGGCAUUGGCUGGGCUGGUGAUGGUUAUAUUUGUGGAAAAGAUGUUGACAUUGAUGGCUACCCUAAUGAAAAACUCUCAUGCUCUGCUGAAAACUGCAGAAAGGACAACUGCAGAUUUGUCCCAAACUCUGGACAAGAAGAUGCUGAUGGUGAUGGGAUUGGAGAUGCCUGUGAUGACGAUGCAGAUGGAGACGGCAUUCCCAAUGAGCAGGAUAACUGUGUCUUCGUUCCUAAUGUUAACCAGAGAAACAGUGACCAAGAUAUCUUCGGAGAUGCUUGUGACAACUGCCGUAAUGUCCUGAAUAAUGACCAGAGGGACACAGAUGGUGAUGGGAAAGGAGAUGCAUGUGAUGAUGACAUGGAUGGAGAUGGUGUUAAGAACCUUUUGGAUAAUUGUCAGAGAAUCCCCAAUGAAGACCAGGAGGAUGCAGAUAAUGACGGUGUUGGUGAUGCCUGUGACAGCUGCCCUACAAUCAGCAACCCAAACCAGUCGGAUGUCGACAAUGAUCUGGUUGGAGAUUCCUGUGAUACCAAUCAGGACAGCGAUGGUGAUGGGCACCAGGACAGCACAGACAACUGCCCUACUGUUAUUAACAGCUCCCAGCUGGACACAGAUAAGGACGGGCUGGGUGAUGAGUGUGAUGAGGAUGAUGAUAAUGAUGGCAUUCCUGACCUCUUGUCCCCGGGCCCUGACAACUGCAGGCUGGUCCCCAACCCAGGGCAGGAAGAUGAUAAUGGUGAUGGAGUUGGCGACGUCUGUGAGUCUGAUUUUGACCAGGAUACAGUGAUUGAUCGGAUUGAUGUGUGCCCUGAGAAUGCAGAGAUCACCUUGACAGACUUCAGGGCCUAUCAGACAGUGGUGUUGGACCCAGAGGGGGAUGCGCAGAUUGAUCCCAACUGGGUGGUUCUGAACCAGGGGAUGGAAAUUGUGCAGACUAUGAACAGUGAUCCUGGUCUUGCUGUUGGUUACACAGCUUUUAACGGCGUUGACUUUGAGGGCACUUUUCAUGUGAACACAGUGACAGAUGACGACUAUGCUGGCUUUAUUUUUGGUUAUCAAGACAGCUCUAGCUUUUAUGUAGUUAUGUGGAAACAGACGGAACAGACGUACUGGCAAGCAACUCCCUUCCGAGCUGUUGCAGAGCCCGGCAUUCAGCUAAAGGCUGUGAAAUCCAAGACAGGUCCUGGCGAGCACCUCCGCAACUCCCUCUGGCACACAGGGGACACCAAUGAUCAGGUCAGGCUGCUGUGGAAGGACCCCCGAAAUGUAGGGUGGAAAGACAAAGUCUCCUAUCGCUGGUUCUUGCAGCACAGACCUCAGAUUGGUUAUAUCAGGGCAAGAUUUUAUGAAGGCUCUGAUCUAGUGGCAGACUCUGGUGUAACUAUAGACACCACGAUGCGUGGAGGACGGCUUGGAGUUUUCUGCUUCUCUCAGGAAAACAUUAUUUGGUCCAACCUGAAAUAUCGCUGCAAUGAUACCAUCCCAGAGGACUUUCAAGAAUUUCAAGCGCAGCAAUUUGGUGUUGGGGAUAUUUAAAAAGUAAAAGCAAACUAACAUUGCUAUUGCAAACAGUAAAACAAUAUAUUUUAAAUCCUUAUAUGAUUUUUGUUGUCAGAAUGCACACUGCAGCUUUGUUCUCAUUGAUGUGACUAUGUCAGAUUUUUUUUUGUAAAAAAGUGAAAAUAAAAAGGAGACAAAAUAUACUUGGGCCUCACAUCUUUUCAAAUUUGCCCUAAAAUCUAGAGAUUAGCAUGUAAAUGGAGCGAUGACUUGCUUAAAACACGCUCAAGAAAAGUCUGAAUCUAUUGCUUUUUUGGAUUUAGUAUUAAACAGGGUAGGGAAGAAAGUGGAACUUUCUCCACCUUGAAUGUGUUAUAAACAACAGGUUGCAUCUGAUAAUGAAGUGGUUUGGAGCUAUUUGGCUGAGCCAUGUAGUACCUUUCCAGUCCCCCUAGGAAUAGGUUUUAUCUCUUUUAGGACAUUUUAAGGCCUUUGGAGACUGUUAGCUUUGGCAGACCUCCUCUUAAGCAAUGUAUUAGACCUCCCACUCCCAAAAAUUGUGAGUCACACUACCACCUGGUGGAAAAGCAAAAAAGCUGACAGCAGAGCAUUGUAGUCACAUCUUAUGACUGCAUGUGACUAAAACAAACUAACAAAAAGACUACAGCGCUAAUAACUGCAGAAUCACCUAGAUAAAACAAUCCUAACUUUCACAUACACAAAGCCAGGCUUUGACCUGUCAACAGACCCAAGCUCUCUAGACAGGUAGUGCAAAGAAGUCACCAAACUAAAACCCCAAAACAUCACAUUAAGCACUAGUAAGCAUUAGGAAAGGACUGGAAACAGCCAAAAGAAACUGGACCACAAUGCACUCUCUAAUUUGAAGUGCAAGAAACGUGUUAAUACAGUGUGCAAUUUUACUACAUGGUCUUUCAGAAUGGAGCUAGGAAGGGAGAGAUUACAAGCUCCAAGGACUGUUGAAUAGAUAGGAUAAUUACAUUAAAAAUAACUAUAUACUUUUAAAAUAACUGUAGGAUAAUGACCUUAAAAAGGACAGUUGGAAACAGCACCAGUCUGGAGGGAGGGGGAAGGAAUAUAGUGAGUUUUAAAAUCAGAAGUAACCCUGGGAAAAUGAACGGUCCUAGCUCCUUCCCAGCACAAGGAUACAGGCGGAAUGCUGAGUUAAAUUAUGAGGUGAGAGCACCAAACAACAAAAACACGUUUCUUGUUCUCAGUACAAUAAAAAUACCGUUAAGGAGAUUACAGGCUAUCAGAGGCUGUGGCUACUUGCAGAAUUUUCCCAUGGGCUCCUCCAUCAUUGCCAAGUUUCUGGAAGCAGGGUGGCCCUAGGAACUGUCCCAUGAGGAUCCCAGAGUCCUACUACAAAAAGCACAAUGCCAAAGCAAUCCUUUGGUUCAGUGCUUCAUGAUGAAAGGUCCUCCAGUUUCAGUCCUCCUUUCCCCUUGGUGUCACUGAACCCAACCACUCACCAGAUGUCUGAGGACUAAAAGGCUUUUUACUCUGGAGCAACACAGAGGCCAUUGUCAAAUUAUGCUUAAUAGAUGACAAAGAAUGUGUUUUUCUAGCUGAGCAUGGGCUGUAACUGCAGUAUUGUUCAUUUACGAAGGAGAACACACACUGUAAAACAAAUUUACAUCUUCCUUAUCAAAUAUUUGCAUUUCACCAGAAACAGCCCCUUCUCCAGGCAGAAAUCCUCUCUGAAUGGUGUGGGCACAGUCUGGGCAGUCACUACACUCACCCGUGCCACCACUGCAGAACACGUGGGGCCUGCAGUGCUCACAUUUUGCAUAAGUGGUCUCCUCACAGUGGAGGCAACAUGCCUGGCCCACCUUGACCUGUCUGCAGCGUGGGCAGCACACACCAGCUCCAUCAGAAAACAUGACUGCACUUGGCCUUCAAAUGCUUGCUAGGCUCCAAAGCUCUGCUCAGUCCCUGUCUCCUCCUGCCACAGUGGCUGGGAGGGAGCAGCCUGGCCCUUUGCCUUAUCAGCUGGCUUACCACCAUGGGGCUUGCCUGUUUCCAGGCUCUCUUCCAGUCCAUGACCACUGGAGGCUGGAAGGUGAGAUACACGCUCUGGCUCUCAUGCUGUUGCCAAUGGUAACUUUGUGAAGCUGUGAGCCUCUAACCACCCCUGACAGAAAACCCAUGUGCUCGCAGUGAGGACAGCCACAGAUAAAAGUCCCAAGUCAGACAGACAGAACUUUCAUUUCAGAAGGUGCUGUUGGGACCUUACGAUGGGAUGCUGGAGCUUACUGUGUCUGUUACAUUGAUACACCAAAUGCUGGGCAGCCUAUAAGCUCAAGAGUGAAGCCAGCUGUAGCAAACAUUUGUCCCAAGAAGAUCACAGUCUGGGCUUGGGAAACCUUCUGCCUCUUACAUUCUUAUCAGAGAUUGUGCAGUCCCUGUUUAAAAGUGUUUAAACAAGCUUCUCUAGCACCGCAAUCCCUUUCUGGACUAUUGUGCAACGCAGAUAUAGCUCCACAUGUGGCCUCUGGCAACUGAAGAUGCUGCAAUCCCACAUCUUUAAAACUGAAGACGCAGCUCACUCUUGACCCCACCGCCUGCACAGCAGGGCUGCACUCAGCUGGAGCAGCAGUUGUAACUACUUUGGAGUUCAGAGUCCUGUAGCUUUUUCACCAGGAUCCACCCUCUCAACAAAGGUUAACUCUUUCCUCUGUGCUGCAAACACCAUGGCAAAUACACUUCAAGUGCUUCUGUUUCCUGAAGACCAUCUGGCUGGAAUUGCAAGGAGGGAACAUCCUGCCAGGAUGCUGCAGUGCUGGGUGAGGGCAAUGGUGGGCAGGCUGGUGGGAGGCUAUGGAGCACAGGCACUUGACUGUGCCAGUCCUUGAAACCUAUCUCUGCCUUGCUCCUAGACCCAAACACACACCCUCCCAGCUCCAUGCACCAGAGCUCUCACACACCAGGAGCUGAACAGGGAAUAAGAGCCACUGUUAUAAGCUUGGUCAGCAGUUUCUCAACUGCUGCGGUGGCACCAGUACCAGUACCAGGAGGCAGCCUGCAGCUGGCACAUGCUGAAACAGGACAUGGUUGGUGAGAGGGAAGGAACUACCACCUGUGAAGGCAAAGCACUUUCCCUGGUGUGGAUCUCAGCAUGUCAAGUUCAACAGCUGCCCACCCCACCAUCUGGGAAUGUGAGCGGAAAAAAAAAAAUAUCAGAGAUAUGCAUCUCAAACAGCUGCACAGUGCUACAGUGCUUCAGUGCUACAUCAGCCUUGAAGAUAUUUUGUUUGCACUGCAAAGGUAUCUUACAUAUCUCAGGGAGCUGGAUUGUACAGAAGAGAUGCCACAGACAAAUCUGUGCAACCUGCCAUCAUCCAGUAUCACACAUCAGAGAAAUACAGAAACAAUAUGGAGACUGAAGGCCUCUAAUAUUCCACAUAGCAGCAUUUUUUUAAACAAUAUUGAAAUUUAGUGAAAAUAAAUGAUCAACCAAUUUACUUUUACUGGCUCAGUUACUGAAUAGCUCAUAUAUUUAGAUUAUUUCGUAAGUUUCUUCUGGAAUGAACUGACUUUGAAAAUUUAAUGUAUCACAACAAUUCAUUUCAAAUGUAAGAAAAAUUUUAUUGGUCCAUUAAACAUUAAAUCUAAAACAAUACAUUCACUCAGUAUACAAAAGGAAGUGUCCAUAAAAACCAUUAACAUGCUAAAAAGGCAAAGCUGUUGACUAUUUUACAAGUAAGAUCUUACAAUUCUGGAAUCUUUACCAAUCCUUAAAAGUCAAACUGUUACAGUUACUAAAGACCACAACACUUGCAAAAAAGUUAAAUAAACUAGCAAACUUCCACUUCACUGGGCUACAGAUUAAUAAAAUAAAACCACACAUACACACCAAAAAGUUCCCUUGAGAUAUUAAGAACCUUGAAAAAGACUAAUUAAAAUCCCCUCACCAUUAAGAAAAUGUGUUUAUAUUUUGACAACUAUUUUGCAUCCAGUUUUUGAACAUGGCAUAUAUGAGACCGAACACCACACAUCAGUGGUGAACAAAAAGCAGACACUGAACCCAUAUGUUCCUAAUAAUAUACAAGGUGAGAAAAGAUUUACAAGUAGAAUGAUUUUAUCUGGAAGUUAAUUCUCUGCACUUUAAGUUUGCAUGAAUGUCCAAAGGACAUCUAAGCACCUGGACUUGUAUCGGUAAGAGGAAAACUAAAGCUAUGGUAUGUCCAAUGAUCCAUUACUUGCCCUUAGUUUUGCAAAAUUCUUGGCUUUGCACUUUCUUCUUGGCUUCACACUGAGGCUUCUUUGGCAAAAGCAUGGCUGCAGUGCUGCACCCUGCAGCCCUGGUGAGCAAAAGCUCUGGAAGCUUUAGGCUGCUGGAGUGGUUUCAAAGAUGAUGAAUGUGGCUCUGAACAAGUCUGUGAAAAAGUCUGUACACUACAGACUGGGAACCAUCAGGGACUGGCAGGCAAUGGGGAAGCCAACGUGGCUUAUAUAUGAAAUAAAUUCUAACUUUUUAAAAACAACAUUAUUGAACAGGUAUGGAAAGACUCAAACCCAGAUUCGAUAAAAACUCCUGAACAAAUGGGAUUUAAGGCCUACUUGAAACCUACAGAAUUUCUUUGGGCAUUAGAAAGCAGUCAUCAUGCCAGUCUCUCAAAGUUGCUGCUUCAAACUCUGUGCAAUGUGUCUACAUCCCCAUCCAGGGGCACUUGGGCAUUCUGCCAUGAGGAUGUAUAAAAUGCAGAGACACACCAGUUCCCAAGCUAUGUAUCCUGUUCCGAGUAAAAAAAAGCUAAAGCUUUCUAAGCACUUGACCCCUGGCAUUCACUUGUACAGUCAUGUGAAACACUGAAUUUUAACUACAGUUUACAAAACUGAAAACACAAGUAAAAUGUCAUGGUGUUCAUUAUGUGUUUCCUUCCCACAAGAACUCGUAGGCCACUUCAGAAAACAAAGAAGCAGUUAUAACAGAGAAAAACUGAUCCACGUAAUAAACUACGAUCCUUGACUCUGCUUCAAUGCUGCAGGCUGUCCUGCUAUGAAAAGCAAAGGAUCAGUAAGACUUGGCAAAGAGGUCCUAGCUAGUUUCUAGCACCAAAGACAUACCAUUUGACAGGCAGCAGGUUGUCUGGGAAUGAAGGAGGUUUACAGUACCUUUAAAAAACAAAUCUGAGGAGAAAAAGGCAAGUAAAACAAGGAGAUACAGCUUCCAAGCGAAAGACAUUGCUUCUAAAGCCCAGAAGGAAAAUGAGAGCAAAAUUUUAGCUGUGGAUAAUCUCAACUCAUCUAGCCAUAAGGGUAUGGUCUUGUGGUAUUUUCAUCAACUUAGGAGAAAAGCGAAGCAGUUUAUAAAAUCUUUAAAGCGCAGUUUAAAAACAGUCAAUAGAUUACUCUGUUGCUGAUCUGUUCAGCCUGAAGAGGUGCCCAUGAUACUGUGGGCUGCUAGCCAAAGUUUAAGCAGCACUUUCUUAAGUACCCAAAUUUUCCUCACGCCACCAUUCCAAAGCCAAAGAACUGUUAAAAACCAGCUUUUUCACAAGUGCAAUGGCUGCUUCUUUAAUAGCAAUGUUCUAGCCCAGAAAUGGCUGCAGCAGUAGCUGACAAAGUUAUUACACAUGCGUAAUUUAUAAUCUCAAAGCACUUACAGACUUGUAAAAAGGUGCUAAAACACAAAAUAAAUAAAUAAAUAGACACGCAGUGUUUAUGAUUUUGUGAGGGACAAACCCUCUCUCUGGACUACACAUACACUAGCAACACUGAAUUCUGCAUUUCAGAGGAAAGCAGCCCAACCCAGGCAGGAUUUACCACAUUAGCUGGGCAUGUACAAGCUGUUUGAACCUCAUGGAAAUGCUCGAAGGAGAAAGCUGAGAGUAUCACAAACAUGCAACACCUUCAAUGUGCGAUUGCAGUGGAGCUCAGCUGCAAGGGCUGCCUGCACACUUUGAGGUACUAUGUGGCCAACAGCAAAUAAGCAUACCCAUCUGCUUUCUGCACAUCUCUAGUAAAGUUUUACCAUCUCAUUUGUUAGUCCAGUUAUUGGAUUCAGACCCUUGCUCUCCGAGUCUGACCCACUUAUUUUGCUCCAAAUAAGAACCAGUCAUGACUGCGGCUCUUGGUUGCCUUCAUGAAGAAAAGCAAAGAUGUUCCAGUCUCAGAUAAUAGUGUAGCAGUGAAGUCCCAUAUAAACUUUAUGAUGGCAAAUUUGACAAAGUAGAAAAAAGCCAAUAAAAUUAUCUCACUUCCCAGCAGGACUUCUGUCUGUUCCUCCAGAAGCCUAUUAAAGAUAGCAUUAGUUCAAAUUUAAAUAGAGGGAAUCUAGUGCAGGACAUGUUCUCUGGUCUUGCUGUCUUUGUAAGCUUUCUCACUUCACACAGCCCAAAACCACGAGGAACCAGAAGUGCUGCACUGCUUACACUUGGGAACAAAUUCAAUGAACAAACACGGUACAAGGCAGGAUAGACACUAUGCCGUGAACUGCCUCAACAGACAGUCACUUGCACUUUCAGGCAUGGAGAGAGAAAGUUAACUGCUUACAGCUUAAAUGCAAAAAAAUUAUUUAUUUACAAAAGCAUCAGGCUACUUGUGAGUUUUCCCACUAAGUUUUCCACUGUACAGUAAUACCUGAAGCAGACUUAUCCCCAAAGGUUUGUCAAGCACAGAUUGUUUAGUCUUCCAUGUGCACUCAGGGUCUGACUGUGCCUUGCACACACUGGUGAAAUCUACAAGGCAGCAUGACCCAGCCCCAGGCUCAGUCUGGGUUUUCCAGUUCUAGUGCCACCUGAAUUAAUAGUUAUCACAGCAGUAGGUAUGAAGGCACUUCUUAACAAGUUUUUUUUUAAGUCCAUUUGCGUGAACUGUUUGGAAUCUAUGGGCUGGGAAUUUGAUUCCUUGACCUGAGCCGAGGAUUUUACUAUGUAGUUGCACAUGGAAGUUCACAGUACAGAUUUUACAGCAAACACUAAGGCUGCAACAUUUGCCUGGCCAGCAGGAAACCUUGUCUUGGUCAGGAACUAGAGUCUUUGCACAUCCAAGUGCUACUAGUUACUGAUUUCUUAGAAAGGCCUGGAAGUCCACAGCUGGAUCUGAGGCACCAUGGACACACAAGGCCCUCGAAGUUAUUUAUUUUGGCGGGUUUCCCCCAAAACAUUUGCUCAAAGUAGACAAAACUGUGUAAAUAGGCACUGCCCUAUUUCCACUCUGUGUAUACUUGCAGAUCUACACUCUUAAGGUCAAUUGUUAGUAGUAGGGAACGAUGAAGGAGCAGUUCAGUGAGGUGAGUGCUGUGUAAGAAGAAUGGACUCAUGCCCCACCAUGGACUUUCUUCUUACAGCCUUGUUUCCUCUGGGCAAAACCUAUUUCCCUAAACACAAACUGUAAAAAAAAAAAA